AUGGAGCCUGGAAAUCUGGAAGUUUCCUGUGAAAGCAAAGCAGUGUGGGAGGCGCUGGACACUGAGGUGGAGGCUGGGGAGCGAGAGCUGCUUUCUGUGUGUGGGAGACACCGGCAGAUGCCUGGCCUGGAUUUUGGGGGUUUUCUGAGGGCCCGCUCUGCAUCUGCCAUCCCGGCGGCCACCGUGCCUUCCCAGACUCCCCCACCCCCAGGCGGCUGCUCCUGCUCCCACAUCCCAGCUGAGCAGUCUGCCCUGCGUGUGGCCCCUGUGUCCUCAGUUUCCCUACCAGGCCCACGCAGACAGUGGGCCGCGGAUGCUCCCUGCCUAGGAGGUGGGGUUGGGAGUGGUCACGUGGAGGGGCGCCGGGCCCCCGAGCCCCGCCCCGGCACCGCCCCCUCUCCCUCUGCACCCGGAGCUGAGCAACAGCCGUGGGGCACCGUGCGAGCUCCCGCCGCCACGCCGGGGCUGCUGAGGUCCGCGCAGGGGUCCGGGAGUACCUGCUCACUGCUGGACCCACGCCAGGUCGGCGGUGUAGACAGCUGGCCCAGCCCCAGCAGCAGCGAGCACUGGAGCGCGGGCGGCGGCCCGAGCAGCAACGACACCAUGGACCUCUCUUUUAUGGCCGCGCAGCUGCCCAUGAUGGGAGGAGCAUUCAUGGACUCGCCCAAUGAGGACUUCAGCACUGAGUACUCCCUGUUUAACUCCUCCGCCAACGUCCACGCGGCCUCCAACGGUCAGGGCCUGCCCGAGGAGCCUCCUCGGUCCUCCAAUGACGCUGUCUUGCUGUGGAUUGCCAUCAUAGCGACACUGGGGAACAUCGUGGUGGUUGGGGUGGUCUAUGCCUUCACCUUCUGAGGGGACAAGGUCCCCAUCUCUUCCAGGACGGCCUCUCUGUGCUGGGCAGAGGCCUCCCUCAGGGCCCUGUCUUGCUGUUGGCCUUUGGCUGCACCUGGGUUCUAGAACCAAGAGUUCUGACCACUUGGGUCGCCUGUCCAUGGCAGUAGCCAUGCAUCUGGAAUUUCCCUGCCAGUCCUGAUGUCAAAUAUUCCAUGCCACGGUUGAUGGGACUCUGGAAACGUGAAAGCCUGAACGCUCAGCUCUGAGCGGCAUGGCAGGACAAGGCCUCCAGAGAACUGGCUAGAAAGGCCUUGAAAUGUUGGCCCCAGAACAUGAGACCAGGAGGAGCAGCCUGGUGGGGUUAAAAUGUAGAUGUAGUUUGGUGAUCGUUUGCUAGCAGUAAAAAUCACUUGUGUGUCUCGGUUCUAGGCAAACUCUUUCAAGUGGUGUGCGGGGAAGGGCAGGAGCAGGCCUGGGAACUUUGGGGUCCCCCACUCAACAUUGGUUUCAUGUCCAACCCUUCCAGAUAUUAAUUGUGACCUUCUAGGGCUGCAGACAGUUCCUAGUAUGACUUAGAAAUGACACUUUGUCACCUGGCUCCCUAUGGGACCCAAGCACAUCAGGAAACAGGGGUGGGGUUACCAGCAGUGAGGUUUAUGGGUGAGUGUUAGUGGCUUUCUACCUGUGGAUGGACGUGCUGAUCUUUUUAAAGAGGGGAGAAGAUACCUUUGAAAGUGAGACCUGCUAGGCUCCGAGUCUUCAGCUGCCCUUUCUUCUCUGAGGAAUUGCCGGAGUCUUCACACCCAACUAUUGCAUGGAUGGGAUGGGAUUUGCCUGUGGUCCCAGGGCUGGUGCAUGAAAACACCCUGGCUCAGCUGUCGUUGUUGGGUCCCCACCUUGGCAUCUGUGCAGCAGCAGCAUGCAUGUCCAGGGGCUCUCCAGGUAACAAGACGGGCAGAGCACUCAGCGCCUGGGUUUCUAACAUGGUUCUGACAGGUGUGCCCUCUCCUGCAGCUCUGAAGGCGCUUCUGGCCCCCCCCCCCAGUUUCCUUAAAUUCUUAAAAAGUGGUGGCUGGGGGUCCCGGCAAACAGGGAAGCUCUGCACUCAGACUGGAGCAGGGCGGCACUUGUGGGGUUAGAACAGGCUGGUUUUCUUCUCCAGGAGAAUCUUGGCCUGGGUCCCUGUGGUCUCAGGGAACAUGAGUGCUCUCAGUGACAGCAAAGGGUGCCUCUCAUAUCCAGAGGCAGACACUGGGCUGUAGAAGUCUCAAGCUAAUAAGAUUACCUGCCUGGCUUCUAGACAGUGCCAUGGACGGCUGCCAACUCUCAUUGCUCAAACCUGUCUUCAGCCACACACCCAUCUGCAAAUGCACGGGCCACAGCCCAGGCUGUGUGUGCACAGCCAGUCCACCUGGGCGGCCAGAGAGAAGGAAAUCGUGCUGGGGGAGGCUGGCCUGGCCUGGGCAUUUCCCUGGCUUGAGGCUGUCUGUGCUGGAUGCCUUUGUAGAGCCCUGCACAUCCCACUGGGACUCCCCUGAGCUUAGACUUUCUUAGGGCUCAGCCCGAGGGAAGCCAGGGGGCUGGGGGAGGCCUGUUCUCAUCGGGGUCACUCCAGCACAGUGCCCUCUGGGCGCUCGCCCCAAGGGAGCCUGCAGCCCCGCCAAGCAGUAGGUGGCAGAGUUCAGUCUAUCUCUCCCUCCUGUGCUUUCCUGGUCUGCUUUUUUUUCCACCAUCAUAGAUCUCUGUACCCUCCUGCCACCCCCGCUGGGCUUUGUCGUGGCUCUAGGGCAAGAGAGAAACAGAGACCUGACUGAGCCUCAGUGUCACCUUCAGGCACUGGGCUAGAUUCACAGACUCAUCCUCCAUCCCAUUGUUGUCCCGGUACUGCCACCAGGCUCAGAAGGGGAAGUCAAUUUCCUAAAGCCGCCCAGCAGAAAGCAGGCAGCUGGGACUGGAACCCAGGCUCUGAAGCCUCUGACACUGUCCUGCCUUUUGUGGCCAUUUGGCUCCACUGGGGCCUAAUUUCCAGAUGCUGUUUCCUGAGGGGCCACUUCAUGGGCUGGGCUGGGCCAGCUCUGGCUCCCACGAGCUCCUGAGGUUCUCAGAACUGGGCAUGCUGGGCCCCCUGCUGCUUCCCUUCUGCCUAGGUUGUGCCACCAUGUAAGACUGGCCACACAGGCCUCUCUCGGGCUGUGGUGAAGUUCCAAGUGGCUGGUUUUUUGGGACAUGUGCAGAAGGGACCCUGGUGGAGACUGCAGAGACCUGCAAACUGCACGCAUGGAAGAGGGGCUUCACAGGCAGGACUUCCGGUCAGAGCCCUGGGACCCACACAGCACAGGCCCUUCCCUGAGCCCCAGGCUCUCUGGAGCAGGGAACAUGCAUCCUCUUCAGGCCCCAGCCAGGGCCCUGUUUUGCCUUUUCUGUGCGUGGGGUGAACCCCUUGGAUUUGAGGGACAGUAGGAAAGAAGGAUGGAUGGAAGGAAGGAAGGAAGGAAGGAAUGGAUUUUACCUCUCCAGGAGCCGGUUCUUGGAGAAAGGUGUCCAUUUGCUAGAAGGCUGAAAAGAAAUGAGACCCCAGACACACACACACACACACACACACACACACACACACACACCCUCCAGAGAGAGGCUCAGAUCUCCACACAGAAGUCCCAAGACCCAGAGAGGAAGUCCCAGGGCAAGGAGCACAGGCUAGCACCAAGCUUCCAGCCCUGUGUUCAGUGGUGGGCUGGGACAGUUGCCAAACCACCUCAGCAUUUGUCAGGAUGUGUCCCCAGGGCCAAAGAGACUGGGUCACAUGUACAUAUCAUCAGCGUGGCCACCUGAUGCCUUCCAGGCAAAGAGUCCCCUCCUUCUGCAGGGGCAGGGCUCCUCUCAGGAUGAGCAGGGCCCUCAGUAACUACUGUUCCCCAUGGGCUGUUUUGCAUAUCUUGUUGAGCAAAUCUUAUGUGUUUCCUGAAUCUCCCCUUGCCCUGGGGCAGAUGUGUGGGUGCAGGGGGGGCACAUUAAUUCUCCCAUUUUUCUGUCAAGGAAACUAAGCCCAGACCCUCUGCCUGAGACACCACAAGAAUGGAGCCAGGACCGAGCCACAAGUUGGUGGGCACUGCCCUGCAGCUCCCUCUGCCCACAGCCUCCGAGAUGAGUCCCCUGGGAUGGGGUUUCACAGGCCAGAGCCCAGGUUUGGUCUUGGAGAGCCCACACCAAGUGUAAGUGUGGGAGGAGCAGGCCCAGUACUGAGGCUCAAUCCUCACAGCAGUGUGGGUUUAGGGAGCACCUGACUGGAACCUUUAACGUUUAGAAAGAGAAACUGAGGCCACCCAGAAAAGCCAUGGCAAGCCAGCCUUGAGAUGAGACCGUGUUCCUCUGCUGGCUGUCACUAGGCUCCCUUGGCUGCAUCCUGCAGAUGGCCAUUGGUCGUCCCCAAGCAAGUCCCGGGGGUGGGCUGCAUUGCACGAUGGAGAGCCCUAGGUGUCUAUGCUCAGGGGCCCAGGAGACCAGCAGGAGGCUGAAUCUUCCCCAUUCACCUGUGCCAACCUCUCCCAUCCCAAGGUGUUCCCCAGGGAGAGGUUGAGGACAGGCAGGUGGACUGUGCACUGUGAAGCCAGAGACAGGGAGCCCAGGCUGUCCAAGUAGGGUGGGGGCUCUCUUAGAAACCCUGAGAAGCAGAAUUACAACAGCUCCGACUAUUCUGGGGUUAGAGUUUAAGCAGCACUUCCUGUCUUUGGAGGAAGGGGAUAAAUUCACACCAAGGACCGUAGCAACUGAGGGAGGGGCAGGAUGGCCCUGGGGCAAGGAAAGCCACCAUCAGAAGUGCCAGAGGACAGCCCGGAGGACACUGAGCCUGCAGCUCCUGGGAACACAAGUCUGUGAGCUUUGUUCAGAGUCCCAGAAAUGUUUUUUCAAGACAGAAAGUAAAAACAGCAGAGGACUCGGGCUCAGGUGCUCAGAGCAGAUCCUGUUGGCCCCUGAUUUCAUCCUGAUACCAUGCUGGUGGUCUGGAGCCUGCCCAGACCUCUGCAUCCCAGCACGGGUGAGGCAUGUCGUCCUUCUCCAGGGUGACUCCUGCUGCCCAAGACGAGGUUUGAGACCUGUUUUGCCAUGGGAAUAAAUCCUGACAAAUGCACAUGUGUGCAGGGGAUGGUGCGCUCCAGCAGUGGGGUAAUGAGGCCACUCCGUGUGGCCAAGUAGUCUCUGGGUCCCCUGUGCCUGUCCCCCCCCCCCCCAGCACCCUGUCUGCCACUAUCUUAGUGAGCCAGAGAAUUGGCAUUUUGAGUUCAGAGCAUUCUGGAAAUGGCAGUCUUUGUGGGGCUGACACUUUCUGGAAGCUGGCAGGCGGGACUUCAACCACUGACCUUGAGGAAACUGAGCCUGGUCGCGCUCCCCUGAGCUGGGGAGCAGAGCAUCAGGAGCAGGAGCCCAGGGCUUCUAACUACAAGGGCUCUGAUUUCAACCAGCCUGCAGUAUUCAGCUGCCAGCACUUGUCUGUCAGGAGACAUUUGUUGUUGUCUGGAGAGCAUUUUGACUGCCACAACGUGGAGGGGCUGUAGUGACAUCUGGUGGUUGGAGGCCAGGGUUGCUGCUUAGCAUCCUACAACACAUAGGUCAGUCUCCAUAGCAGAGAAUGGUCCAACCCCAAAAGGCUGGUCGUGCCAAAGUCAGGAAACCUGAUGCUAAAUGGUGUGGUCUCUGAUUUCAAAAUGCUGGGUUUCCCCGAAGCUUCACUCCUCCCCAUCUAUGAGUCACUGAGUAAAUCAGAACCCUUCUGGGCAGCAGCAGGGACCGUGGUUGCUGGCCUAGGGUCACAUAACUGCAGUGAGGAGCUAGGAUCUGGAAUUCCUCAUGAGUUGGAUUGGACUUUGGAAAUGCACGUGACUCUGAGUCCAUGCACUGGGGCUUUCCAGAGGACCCCAGCCAGAACGGAGAAACCUCCACAAAGUGGACAGGAUGCUGAGGCUGGACUUGCCCCGUAGCGAGGUGUCUCUGGGGGACCUGCAGGGACUGGUCCCCAGGAGCACCUCGAGGAGCACUGUUGUAGGGGAGCCUGGCGCACAGGCUCAGGAGAGGACAACAGGCGCUGGACGAAUCUGCAUCUUUGUCCCUCACCCUUCCCCGCCUGCCCCACCCUAGUCUCGGGCUGGAAGCGUACCAAGUCUCCUUUCUAUUAUGUCAACUUUUACAGAAUCCUUAUUCUUGUAACUUGCCAACUGCAUACACCACCUCUCCGUGCUGAGAGAAUCGAAUUGUUUCCAUGUCUUACUAAUGUUUUCAGAACCAACUUGGGAAAGUACACGGUUUCCUUGAUAUAAAAGUAUUUUAACUAUUCUUGUAGCCUUUGCCACCACAGCACCUGGUCUGACCACUUGACCCGCUUUCUUUUACUACAGUGAAAAGGCUCGCUCUCAAUGUGGGCUUCUGUGUGCUCUUUAGACUGAGAAUCUGUAACCGCCAGGGUGUAAAAAUGUAGCAGUGAAAUCUCUCUCUGUUAACACUGUUGCUGUGGUUGUCAUUUUCUAUUAUGAUGAUUAAAAAAAAAGAACAAAGCAAA